AAACUUAUUAAAUAGGGAGAUAUGAUCAAAAUAUUUUCUCUGAAAGAUUCAAAUAAUGCCCCAUCAGCGGCAGAUUCGUCUGAUAAAGUUCAGAGAACUUCACCUGCAAUCCUAAGAAUGCAAAAAGACAUGAAAGAGCUCGAUUUACCGCCGACAUGCAGCAUCUCCCAUCCAAAUCCAGAUGAUCUAUUGAAUUUUGCAGUUUUUAUUUCGCCAGACGAUGGGUAUUACAGGGGAGGAAAAUUUCAAUUCACAAUCAAGAUCCCCAACGACUAUCCUCACGAGCCGCCCAAAGUGCUCUGCACCCAAAAGAUAUACCAUCCAAAUGUUGACCUUGCUGGCAAAGUCUGUCUUAAUAUUCUCCGCGAGGAAUGGAAACCGGUGCUCUCUGUGAACAACGUCGUCUGUGGACUACUAUAUUUAUUUCUUGAACCAAAUCCGGAAGAUCCCUUGAACAAAGAAGCUGCCGAGUGCCUGCUGGCCAAUAGGCAGACAUUCGCCUCAAACGUCAAAAGAGCUAUGCGGGGAGCAUACUUCUCAAAUGUCCAGUAUGACGCAGUCAUGCUCACGUAAACAACACCAUUUCAGAUCAACGGAGGAAAUCAUGGGAAACUUGAAUUCACCCGAAUUCGAUUUGGCUUGUUUAGCAUAAAUUACAAAUACAUCAAACUCAACACACAGAAUAACUCAAUCGAAUAUGUUCAAGUUUUUGAUAAUGAAAUUCUAUAGGCAAUGUUUUUAGCUAGUUUUUAACGAACCGA